ACGGAGACACUCACAGAGCAAUUGCUCGCCUGUUGAUGCAGAGAUCAUAACGUUAGUGUUGGAUCCUUCAAACUGAAUGAGCGAAUCUUGACCGUCCGAUCUCGUUCACAUUGCCCUUCAGAUCCAACUCUCUGGCCGCCCAUCUCGACCCUGAUCUCCCCUCAACGAUUGUAUUCGCUAACAAUUUCAGCAAUCAGAUAUUACAGAGGACGAGGUGGUCACUGAAGCCAAAUAUAAAUGCAGACGGCUUCUAUGGGAACAGAGGAGAUUAAGAAAGAUGUCAAUGCCAGCAAUUGGCAAACAGAUUUGGCCUAUGACCAGUGGAAAGCACUCCCUGUUUCUGGUCCACGACCACCGGCUCGCUAUAAGCAUGCUGCUGUAGUAGUCGAUGAAAAAUUAUACAUUAUUGGUGGGAGUCGUAAUGGUAGGCACCUAUCCGAUGUUCAGGUCUUUGACUUUAGAAAUUUGUUAUGGUCUAAUAUAAAACUGAAACCCAAUUCCGAUAAAUUUGAAGACAGUGGCUUGCAGGAAGUUCUUCCGGCCAUCUCUGCUCAUAAUAUGGUUAAGUGGGGAAACAAAAUUCUUCUUCUUGGUGGAAAUUCGAAGAAAUUGUCUGACAAAAUAAUAGUGUGGGUCAUUGAUCUGGAAACGCACCUCUGUGGCAUCUUGGAGACCUCAGGAAAAGUUCCGGUAGCUCGUGGGGGGCAGUCCACAACACUGGUUGGUUCUAGACUGAUAAUGUUCGGUGGAGAAGACAGGAGUAGAAGAUUGUGGAAUGAUGUUAAUAUUCUGGAUCUAGAGACAAUGACCUGGGAUGUGGUGGAAGCAAUGCAGACACCUCCAGCUCCCAGAUUCGAUCACACAGCUGCAGUACACGCAGAACACUACCUUCUAAUUUUUGGUGGUUGUUCUCAUGAUAGUUUCUUCAAUGAUCUUCAUGUACUUGACUUGCAAACAAUGGAGUGGUCCCAACCACAAGUUCAGGGUGAACUAGUCACUCCUAGGGCUGGUCAUGCUGGUAUAACAAUUGAUGAAAACUGGUAUAUAGUUGGCGGCGGAGAUAACAAAAAUGGUUGCCCAGAAACUCUGGUAUUAAAUAUGUCUAAGCUAGUGUGGUCAGUGCCAACCAGUGUGAAGCACAGGGAUGCACUUGCAAGUGAGGGACUCAGUGUCUGCUCAGUGACUAUUGAUGGAAAGAAGCAUUUGGUUGCCUUUGGUGGCUAUAAUGGGAACUAUAGCAAUGAGGUUUUUGUAAUGAUGCCCAAACCGAGGGACUCAUUACAACCAAAGAUAUUCCAGUCACCAGCAGCAGCUGCAGCAGCAGCUUCUGUCACUGCUGCAUAUGCCUUAACUAAAAUAGACAAAUUAGAUUUCAAGACAGCAGAAUUGAACUCCAAGGGGACUGAAAACCAUCAUUAUGAACAAGAUUUCACAAUUGACCUAGAAACCCUUACAGAGGAGAAAAGCGUGCUGGAAUUGUCGCUUUCAGAAGUCAAGACAGAAAAUUCUAGGCUCGGGCAGGAGAUUGAAGAAGUCAACAAUACUCAUGCUGAGUUGUCCAAGGAACUUCACUCAGUCCAAGGGCAACUAAUAGCUGAGAGAUCAAGAUGCUUUAAAUUGGAGGCUCAAAUCAGUGAACUACAAAAGAAACUGGAAUCAGUGCAGUCCAUUGAGGAUGAAGUACAGGCACUUCGGGGACAAAAAUCUGCAUUGGAACAAGAUAUGGAGCUUGCCUCAUCUGCUCAGAGACAAGGUUCUGGCGGGGUUUGGCGGUGGAUUGCUGGGGGUGGCGGCAGCGAUGCAUAAAAGUUGUAAGGGCGGUGCAUGAAGUCCUGAAAAAAAGGGGAAAAAAUGGAAGUCGGUUCCAAAAUAUUGAAUUGGGGAGGAGCACCUAUAACUGUUAUCUGUGACAGCUCUCUCAAGAAACUCGGGCAGAUCUCAGCAGUGGCCUGGCGGAAGAAUAUGUAAAACUAAUUGCAUUUUGUCGGAAUGGAAAAUCUCGAAGUGAUGACCCUACAGUAAGAUUUUCGUAUUAAGAUAGUAAAAGGAUGAAAAAUACAGUCUAAGAUAGGAAUAUGUUUCUGUAAAAGCAUUGUUGUUUGGAUUCCAUAAUCAGUCAUUUGAUCAUUUUUUUGUAUCUUCAGAUUUUUAUUCUUGUCUGAAGUGAUCGUGAGUAAGGAUUUGUCAGAUACAGUUGUUCGAAGUGUUUUUAUUCUCACGGCCUCGGUAAAGGUUUGUGAUAUUUAAUUCUUUUGGCCAAUC